AGAGGCUCUAAAAGCUUGACCUGCGGCGUCAGGGCUUACAGAGUUACCGCGGAACCACAGCGGGAAAAGAGGAGCGAUUCGUCCCGGAGGGGUUCAGGGCCGUAUGGAACGUCUUAGGAACAGAGUCCGGGAGUUUGAGAGAUCAGAACUCCUUGCUGUGGGCAUAGUGUUUAAAGUAGAGGUUAAAAAGAGAAAUUAGUGAGUCUCCCUUUCUGAUUUUCGGAUAAUGGAUGCUCUGGAGCCUGGGAAGAAGAUGCAAGUCAGCCCCAUCCGUAUCCCAACUGUUAGCAAUGACAUCGACUGGGAUUUCUGCUUCCGUAUGUCACAGCAAACCGAGAUCCCAGCUCACCAGCAGACAAAUGAGUUGUAUCCCACUGGUGGGUGUGGAGAGAGUGAAGAGGAAACUAAAGCUAAAGAGGAGGAGAAGGUCAUAGACUGUAUGUCUCAUCCCAAAGAGAAAUUAGCCCAAUCCCAGAAGAAAGUAGCUCAGCUGAUUAAGGAAAAAAUGAAUACUCAAGCAAACAAGGAGCUGAUUCGAUGUGUCAUCCUUUCUCGGAUUAUUUUUGGGGACCAUCACUGGAAAUGUGCACGAGCUCUGGCCAACCUAGCUUAUGGCUACUUGACACUGAGAGGCCUCCCAGUUCAGGCCAAGAAACAUGCUGCAUCAGCCAAGAAUACACUGUUGACCUGGAAGGCAAAUAUGACCUCAGAUAAGGAGAAAGAGGAAAUCCUGGAAGCUCUGGUCAAGCUGUACUACACUCUGGGCGUGGCCUGGCUCCUGCAGAACCGUGGCAGAGAAGCCUAUUUCAACCUGAAGAAGGCAGAGAGAAACAUGAAGGAGCUGAAAGAAUUAUAUAAAGGAGGUGUUUGUGAAUUACAAGUCUCUGAGAACGACCUAACACUUGCUUUGGGCAGAGCCUCCUUGGCCAUCCACAGACUGAACCUAGCUCUGGCAUACUUUGAAAAGGCAAUUGGUGAUGUUAUUGCUGCCAAGGGUGAUAGUACGUCAGAUCUGAUCAGCCUGUAUGAGGAAGCUGCUCAGAUAGAGCAGCUGAGGAGGAACCACAACCAGGCCAUCCAGUACUUGCAGCAGGCUCAUUCUGUCUGUGUUUCUUUGUUCACUGAAGUCAGCCCCAAAACUGCAGAAACGAGUGCGUUACUGGCCAAAGCUUAUGCCGUGUCUGGAGAGGCCCAGCACAGGGAUGCUGUUGAGAUAUAUUUCAUAAAAAGCAUCAAUGCAUAUCGAGCAACAUUGGGCUUAGAGGAUUUUGAAACACUGAGCACCACUGAAGAAUUUUGCAAAUGGCUUGUCCAAAAUGGAGAAAAACAGUGCAGCAUGAACACAGUGAAGACCUUUGUCUGUCAUAAGAUUCCAUAUGACUUUGAUCUGACCAAGCCAACUUUAUACUUCCUCAGGACAAGUAGCAGUUCAUCCAGAUGGAGAAGAGAAGCCAUUCCUGGAAGAAGGAGCUCUACAUACAAAGGCACAGAAGCAUGACAGAGGGCAGUGUAUGGAGGAAUGGUCUUCUGUUAUCAAAUUGAAAACCUCUAUACAGGAUAGCCAACAAUAAAGACAACCUUGUUGAUGAUAAAAAUUCUCGACCACAAAAUGUUUCUCAACACUGAUAGCAGUGGCAGAUCUAAAACAGAAUGGUUUUUUAUUAAGGACUCUGGGAAAAAAAGGUCCACUUAGCAGCAGCAUUCCAGAUGAAAUACCCAAGAGCCAUCAGAAACUAGGAUCCUGGCCGUGCGCGGUGGCUCACGCCUAUAAUCCCAGCACUUUGGGAGGCCGAGGCCAGGCGAAUCAUGAGGUCAGGAGAUCGAGACCAUGCUGGUCAACAUGGUGAAACCCCAUCUCUACUAAAAAUACAAAAAAAAUUAGCUGGGCGUGGUGGCACAUGCCUGUAAACCUAGCUACUCGGGA